AUGGCGAACUUUGUCAAUUCAACAUGGCGCUCCUUCUGGCAUACCAUGACCUCCUAUGACCGCCAUGCGUCCCAUGACUCUCCCUAUCGCACCGGCAGACAUGUCCCUCUCAGUCAAAGCCGCGAUGAGCCUCUUACCUCGGUUGCAACAAGCGCCAUCGAUUCUCGCGCAGAUUUAACAAACCCCUACGACGAUGAUCCCAAGGGUUCCCCAACCGGUGUCGGUUCCCCUACUCGCCCCUAUUCCCCCGGGAUGAGAUCGUUCUCGUCGAAUAAACGGAGAUCGCAAGAGCAAGGUGCUGAUGGCGCCGGGGAUAUCCAAAUGCAAAGCUUCCAGGAUGGUGCUCCGCCGCCUCCCCCGAUUGCCCACUCCUGGAAGAAGAUUGAGCGCUGGUUGGAAAACAAUUACGAGGAACUGUUUGAUAAUCUCUGUGAAGGUUGUACUCAGAAUGAUAUUAAUGAGCUGGAGCACGAACUGGAUUGCACUCUGCCGCUCGAAUUUCGGGAGUCGUUGAUGAGCCAUGACGGUCAGGAGCGUCCGGGAUUGCCCACCGGUGUUAUCUUCGGUUGCAUGUUGUUGGACUGCGAAGAGAUUGUGCAGGAAUGGAAGAAUUGGAGGGUCGUCAACGAAGAAUUUCUCGUCAACUCACCAAUGGGCGCAAGCGUGCUUCCUCCCAAAGUGACCGCAAGCUCCUCGUCCUCUGCACCGCCGCCCGCCCAGCAUGGUAACAAUCCGUUAUGGCGCCAGGAGCUCCUCGAGCGACAGGAUUCGCAACCUCCUGGAGCUGUCCAAAAGGCCUACGCUCACCCCGCCUGGAUUCCCGUGGCCCGUGACUGGGGUGGCAACCACAUCGCCAUCGAUCUGGCACCGGGUCCCUCCGGCAAAUGGGGCCAGAUCAUCAUCUUUGGCCGCGACUACGACUGUAAAUACGUGGUUUCCCGGUCGUGGGCUUCAUUCCUUGCUACGCUGGCCGAUGACUUCUGCAGCGGCAAAGUCAUUGUCGAUGAAGAAACCAACGAACUCAAGCUGAAGGAAUUCAAAGCCCAGAAUGUCGAGCCUCCGUACUUGGAGAUCCUCCGCUGGAGAACCGACCAGAAGUACGGCCGGAGACCUCCCCGCCGCAAGGGUCCCAACGGCCCCGGCCUGAACACCGGCAGCAGAUCGGGCAAAGAGUCACCAUAUGGAAGCUCGACGCCGAACGAAGAACGUGGACGAUCACCUCACCGAUUCCCUGGUCGUGGAUCAGCGCAGAGCCCCAAGACCCAAUUCGGAAUGUCCAGCCCUCUCGCUCGUGUGACAGAGGAAGCCCCGAGCCCCGUUAAUCCCACUGCAGAGGACGAACUACCCGAACCGUCCGGCAAGGAGAAUGAAAAGGAGUCUCAGAAUGAGGAUCUACUUGAUGUGGCCACACCGCAGGGUAGCGGCAAGGAAAACGAAAAGGCGCCUGAGAAGGAGGAUGAACAGAAAUCCGAACAGAUAACAAAGCACGAGUCGAAACUGUCAUCUUCUGCCGCUCUGGACUCGGAAGUCUUGGGUGAGAUGAAGAAUGUGGCCAUCUAG